CAGUUGAUUAAACCUGUCAACUCAGGUGUGCUACUGCUUGGUUGGAACAAAAACCUGCAGCCACACGGCCCUUUGUGGAACAGUUUGGGCACCCCUGGUGUAAGACAUCCUCGGCUGUCUUAUUAGAGAAGAAGUGGGAGGAGCACUGGGUGAUCUGCAUAGUUAAGAAGCCGCCGAACCGCUGUAGUCGCAGAAGUUGUUGGACUAAAGUUCAGAGAAGCAGGGGGGAAAAGAGGCAUCUGCUCUUUUAUAUGCUCUCUCCAUCAACAUGGAUGUUCUCCUGGACACCUGUGGAACAUAUUUGCUGCUGUUUCAUCUGUUUGUCCUGAAGGCAGCAGCCCAGUGUUCGAAACAUCCAGGAGGUGAAAACAUUGUCUUUACACGCGAAACACUUCUAUUGAAUGACUUCCCAGAAGGCUCUGAAGUCACCUUUCAGUGUGCUUCGGGCUACACGAUAGACAGUGGCUCAGGAGUAUCAAAAUGUAUCAGUGGACACUGGAGUGCCCUCGACUUGAGGUGUAAAAAGAAAGACUGUGGUCUCCCUCAACCUCAGCCUCAUAUGAGGUUCAACACCAGUGAGGGUACUCUGUUUGGUAAUCAUCUUAAGGUCACCUGUGAUGAAGGAUACCAGAUCCGUGGUUCCAGCUUCAAACAGUGUCUUUUCUCAGGCUGGUUUGGAACGUCAAGAUGUGAAGUUGUGACGUGUCAGAAACCUGCUGUAGUGGCCCACGGCAGAAGUCUGUGGGAUUCUCAGGACGGACCCAGAUAUGGAGAAAACAUCCAUUAUGUGUGUAAUGAAGGGUACACACUUGUCGGCAACAGCAGCAUCAGGUGUGGUAAAGGAGGUGACUAUGAUUCUGGGCCUCCUGAAUGCAAAGUCUCAUUUGUGGCUGGAACAACUGGAGACGGAAAUACGACAAAUACAACCUCAGCCCAAGGGGGCACCACAGCUGCUCCUUCACCUCCUUCUCACCCCUGUGCUUCCUCUACUGUUCAACCAAGUAUCUCUUUGUCCUCUUUAAGGACAUCAACAAGUCGUCUCUGGGUGUUGACUUCCACAGAUGUACCCACAAUAUCUGCAACAAGUCAAGGAUAUGAGACUACUACGACCAGUGGAACUGUCCCACCAGGUGGCAUUGUGACAACUGAUGAUAGAACCACCAGUAAAAGUGCUACAAGUGCACCUACAACAACAACACUGUCACUGCGAGGUAGACAGGACGGUGCUGUGGACAGCAGUGUAGACAUGGGACACGUGCCUGUAGUGAUAUCCGUGAUUUCCGUGACUUUGGUUGCAAUUAUACUGAUGUUCUUUUUACACAAGUUUCUGAAAAGGAGAAAAGGCUCAUAUGACACCAGAGAAGACCUGAAGCCGGAGUUAUUACAGUUCCAAAAUCUUUAGAUUGUCCUCCUCAAUCAGGUCUGGAACAGCUCCUAUCAGUUAAAGAACAUCUGUGACCAGGAAGGAUGUGCCAGGAAACUGUAACAGAGUUGAAAAGAAGUGAAUUUGCUGUUUUUUAGUUGUUGCACUUCCAAUGGCACUAAACCAAAUCUCCAGAUUAAUGUCAGAAUUAAUACAGAAUCCUUCCAGCAGUGAAACAGCACUUUUUAUAUUAUAUAAUAUAUAUGUUAUUUUUAUUUACACUGUAUUGUAAUGUAAAGUUGUGAAUAUUUAAUGCCUCUGUAGUUUUCUCUGUUAUUUAUAUGAGGUUUAGAGCAAGUGUUUUUUCAACCAUUAUAUUCCUUGUUUUCUAUAUUCUGUUGUUUUUUUUAUAUUUUCAUUUGUACAGACCAGUGAAAAAUGGCAAUUCAAGGGACAAACAAUGUGGUUUAUUCACUCAGCUUGACUGGAUUGUUGUCUCAUAUAGAUACCAUCGCCUGCAUCUUUCGCCUCCUGACUUUUCUUCUGUGUUGUACAUUGUUAAAGGUCUGUAGGCUGUAACACAAUAAAGGCUGAAGUCUAGUCAGAGGGCAGCACUGUAAUAAAUGGUUCUUGCUUUUGUCUUACAGUAGCUGUUUCAAAAACUAUAUAGUUGAGCCUUAACUCGACAGAAUCCACUGAACCAUAUUAUUUUCUGCUCGUCUAUUCUGCUACUAACAAAGAGAUAAAAUGAUAAAUCAGUGAA